GCUUGAUUGGUCACUUUGCUUUCCCAAUAAAACCAAGGAACACGAGAAGGCAGCAACCAAAUCCCCUUAUUCUCACGGAUUGAUGCAAUGAUGCCAUUGUCCGAUUCUUUCUGCUCCCACACAAUAAUCUGUCAUCCUCAAAUCUCCUUUGGACAAAAAAGAAAUAAUCAUUUCAGUACAGGGAUUUGGUGCUUUGUGCCCAGCCUCCCCCAGAUUCUGAUGCUACCAUUAAUCCAACGAGUAUUAUAGCCAAGCUAUCAUCAUACCAUACACCUGCUGCUGCUGCUGCUGAUUAGACUGCAGUGGUUUGGGAAUCGAUCGAUCGCUAGCCUUUCCUUGUUCCUCCGGUUAAAGAAUUAACAGCGGUGGGACAGAAGGAUUGAUGCCAUUGUCCGAUUCUUCCAUCUCUCUUUCUUUCUCCUCCAUUUGCCUCCCUUUAAGCACUGCUUUUUCUGGCCGUCUUUUCCAUUCCCAUUUGUUUUGGCGGCUGCUGCACCAGCUUUCCUUUGCCUCUUUCGCCUCCCAGGCUAGUCUCUCUUCCAUUCCCUCGGUCCUCAAAGCCUCGUCUUAUACUAGCGCGGCGCCAUUGGUGAGCAAACGAUUAGUCAUCUUCUCCGUGAUCUGGAGUAGCCUGCUCUGCUUCUCCCCCCUUGUUCUUGGCUACCUGUUGCUCUUGCCGUUGAUAUCCAAGAAAGCCUUCGCCUUUUCCUUUGCAUGAGCGAACGAGCUCAGUUCUUCAGAGAACCUGAGCAGUGAGAUCCCGCCACCCGGACAAAGCCGAGCCACGGCCGACGCCUUUCUUGCAUUCUACAUGGACAGCUCACUCUUCCCGGCAGUAACAGCUCAAGGUUCUCGGUGAGGGGAGCGAAGGCUCAGGCAGCGAUGGAGAGGGAGUCAAGAUCAGGGGUGCUCUCGGAGACGGCGUCCUGCGCCGGCACGCCGAGGCUCGCUCACUCAUCUUGCAGCCUCCAGCAUCGGUACUCUUCACGGAGCAUUCUGAAGACACAUGAAGGUGCACUGGACAUGUCACCGCGAUUCUCCUAUUGCAAGCCUACCACCCAUAGAGAUAAGUUACUCCACAGAAGGCACUCACUUAACUUGCCAGAGCAAUUGCUGGGCCAUUACUCCAGAAAAACAGCAGAAAGAACCCAAAAGGCUACCUCAAAGUCUGUUGCAGAUUUAGUUGGGGAGAUUGCAGCUCUCGAGCAGGAAGUCAUACGCAAGGAACUGCAUCUGCUUUCUCUCUAUAGAAGAACAUUUGAUCAAUAUCUAUCUGAAUCCCGCAGUUUCACAAGUGAGGUGGAUCAAGAAACACUGAAAAACAUCGACGAGGGUGCGCUUCGAUUGAGGGAUAUCAAGCAUUCCGCAGCCAUCAAUUUGCCAACCGUCUCAAAUUCUGAGGUAUCAAAAUCAGGUUCAAAGCAUUCCAGCCUUGUGAACUUCUUGAGUGCUUCUAUUUCUGACUAUGUACCUAAGAUCUCAUGCAAAUUAUCAGAGGACAUUUUAAGCUGCAUUGCCUCUGUCUACUGCAAACUUGGAAGCAUGCCAUCACAAGAUGCAGACUGUAUGACUUCACCGAGUCCUUCGGUUUCAUCUUCAAGUACUUUUUCUCCGAUGUGCCGUAAUGAUAGCUGGAGCCCUCGGUACAACUUUGAUAGCCCUCGCCAAUAUGGAUUCCAGAAAGAGAGGAAUGAACAGAACAUAGGCAUGAUUAUUGUUCCGAGGAUACGUAUAGAUGCUGACAAGUUUGAUUUUGCCUCAAAAAUGCUUCAGACUAUCAGGUCCCUGAUACAACGCCUCGAAAAAAUUGACCCAAUGAAGAUGACACAUGAGGAGCAGCUCUGCUUUUGGAUCAACAUCCACAAUGCUUUACUGAUGCAUGCUUUUCUGGCCUAUGGUCUACAUGAUAAACACAUGAAGAGCACAGAUAUGAUUUUGAAGGCUACAUAUAAUGUGGGUGGCCAAUCAGUAAAUGCUCAAACUAUUCAGAACUCAAUUCUUGGAUGCCAAUCCCAUCGUCCAUCAUUGUGGGUUCGUGCGCUAUUCACACCGACAAAAAGAUCCAUGGCAGGGACGACCAAGCACCCCUAUGCUCUCCACCGUCCAGAGCCGAUUGCGCAUUUCGCCCUCUCGACGGGGGCAUUUUCAGACCCACCUGUUCGGCUGUACACUGCCAAGAAGAUACAUCAGCAGCUGGAGGUAGCCCGGACCCAGUUCAUCCAGGCCAACGUCAUGGUCAGGAAGCAGGUCCUCCUGCUGCCCAAGGUCCUGCACUACUACGCCAAGGACGCCACGCUCGAGCUGCGCCACCUCAUGGAGCUGGUGUGCGAGAGCAUGCCUGAGGCCCAGCGCUGCCUCCGGGUCAGGAGGAUCGACAAGUGCGUGGAGUGGAUGCCGUACAAGUCGUCCUUCAGAUACGUUGUACAUAGGGACCUGGCUGAGUAGGCAGGCAUGCGCCACCGUUUCUCUUUCUUCUUUUUUUUGGUUGAUCUUUCUCCAUCCUGGAUGCGUCGUUACAACUUGCAGGUGUAAGUAGUGAAGCUAAGAUGACCUAUAAACCAAUGGUGUAGUGGGGUGUGUAUGCGUGUGUGUGUGUGAGAGAGAGAGUGUGUGUAAAUACAGGUGUGGCUGUGAAUUGUGAUAACUAGUUUUUAGUUUGGGCUGGUGGCUUGAAACCUUGUACCUUUUUCUUUGUGAUCGUGCAUUGGGAUUGAGACGAUGAACUUGUUAAUAACAACUUGUAUUUAAUGGUAAU